UGGCACAUUAGACCACUGUAGGUUAUAAUCAGACAUCUAACGUCAUAGGUACAACGUUCAGGUAAUUUAGCUGAUAAUAUAAUCUCGUGACAUUUUUCAGUGGACAGCAAUGUUGCAAAACUAUCUAAUCAGCAGUCAGUAGAAAGGCAAGUUAACCGCAAGAUAGCUAACGUUACUGUUAGCUUAGCUAGCUAACAUAAACACAAACAUACAUUUUGGGGUUUAUCGAAAUGGAUAAAAAUUACACAACAACAUACAGUGUACAACUGUAUAUAUACGACCUAUCAAGAGGAAUGGCUCGCAAUCUCAGCCCCAUCAUGUUAGGUAAGUGAAGCUCAGUCUCGACAUCUUAACCAGAUAAUGAGGCUGUGUAGCUAGCUAGCUGCCGGUUGAGAUUGAUUGAGCACGUCGGCAGGCCUUUGAUCCAGCUGAUGGCUAGCUAGUUACCUGGCUAACAUUACUCUUGCAAUGAAUUCUUUAAAAAAAAACUAUCAUUAUUAACUUUCUAGCUAGUUCGCUACAACCUGUCAAUUGAAGUAAGUUUGAGCUUGGUUUAUAUAGUAUAGCCUAGCUAUUCAAAGGCUUAUUCUUCAGAAUUUCAGCUCAACAAUAUUACGUUUACGUUAGCUAAAAUGCUAGCUAGCUACACAAGACAAGAGGUGUGUGCGAGCUUGAUUGACAUACAUGCACAUCAAUAGCAUCAAGCCUCCGUCCCACAUAUAUAUUUUAAUGUGUUACAGGAAAACAACUUGAUGGCAUUUGGUAAGAAUUCUCCCACCUAUAAUUUUGUGACAAUACAAUUAAUCCACACAUCAAGCUAAUAUCAUUAAGAACACCAAUAGGCUAUUAUUGUCUUUACUGUCACUCUGCAAUUCUUCAAAUGAUUAUUUUCAUGUCCAACAUCUAAGUUAUAUUGUAACCAUCCACUCCUGUACACUCAUUCCUGUGUUUCUAACAGGCACUCAGCCAUUGUGGUUUAUGGAGACGAGUUCUACUUUGGAGGAGUGGGUAUUUCCAGUUGCUCACCGGUAAGCCUAAAAUGAUGUAUUGGCUAAUAUCCUCCUAAUAUUUGCUAAGACCUACUUCAGUGUGCCCUCUACUCUUUAUCAUAGGUUUACACUAGCUGACAGUAAGACUAGGCCUACAUUGGUAUGACCUUCAAAGAGGAGGGAAGUUAAACGCAUAGGAUAUACAGGGACGUUUUGGGGGUUGGUGUUUUGUAGGAUAAUAUGGACUUUAUGUGUUUUAGGGGGGAACAAUGCUUGGUUCCCCAGACACUGUGGUGGAAUUGGGAAACACAGAGGUGACAGAGGAGAUCUUCAUGGACUACCUGUCCUCGCUAGGAGAGGACACAUACAGGUGUGUGUGUCACAAAAAAAGUAUUGUUUUUGGGUAACUCACCUCCUCCACCACCACCUUGGUGGACACAUCAGCCAUGAACACAACAUAGCAGUGAUGGCUGAUUUAGAUCUGAGAUUUCUUUCUGUUCUUGUUCUUCCAUAGAGGCGACAAGUACAGGUUGUUUGAGCACAACUGUAACACCUUCACUAAUGAGGUGGCCCAGUUCUUAACAGGCCGGAAGAUCCCUUCUUACAUCACAGACUUGCCCUCCGAAGUGCUCUCCACGUGAGUAUACAUACUUAGUAGCUGAGCGACAGAUACUAGCAAUGCAGUACUGACUUGUGUACCUCUCUGACCCUGUACCCUGUUCCUCUCUCUAACCAUUUAGACCCUUUGGUCAGAUACUCCGGCCUAUACUGGACUCCAUCCACAUCGCUCCUCCUGGGGGGAACGUCAUCAAUGGUCGCCACAGCUAAACUUCCUGAACUGCACACAGUAAUAUUUAGAUAUGUUCUAAUUUACAUUUUCAAAAUGGAGGUCGGUUAUUGAAGAAACAAUGGAGGGUAAAUCUCAGUGAGUCUAGUCAGUCAAACUUCUUUUGUACUGCGUAUGCUUGGUAUUAGUAUGAUUGUUUUAUAACUCCCCACCAGCAAUGCUCUCGCCUUUUGUAUAUUUAAAAAAUAUCGAUUCAGUUUCCAGUUUUUGUUUACGGACCUUCCUUAUUGCCUCUAAUGGUAUGAUCCUGAUCUGAGGGAAAGCUGCACAACAUUAACUUUCUCACAAAUCCUCCAAUAUCAUCAAUAUGAUUUAUAAGAAAGUUAGCGUGUAUCUCAAGUCAGGGUUUCAGCAUGACUUCCAAUGGACUACUCCACCUUCCACCAGAUGGUGUGUGCUAUAUACACCUCUUUGCCUUCACCUCUCACACCUUGGUGUUAAUGAUGCUGAUCGUGUGAUAUGAAGGAUUAAUGCUGAAGUGCACAAAAUCUGCAUUAGUCCUCUGGAUGAAGAAAGUAUCUUGUGUGUGUUUGAAAUAAUCUCAGAAAUGUAAUUUAUUAUGAAAAAGUUUUAAAAAAUGUGUGUAGGGGUCAAAUUAUACUUA